AUGCGCCCCUCGCAGGACACUCCCCUCCCAAUCGUCUCCGAUAAGGUCCUGCAUCACGAAGAGUAUGAGACGGGCUCUCCUCCAGCAUCCGUGACUCUCUUGCGACAACGACGAAAGCUUCACGUCGUCAAUCCUCUCUGGUACCGCAACAGUCUUCUCGCAAGUGUGGGGUUCUUGGAGUUCGCCAACGCGGGUGAUUUUGCCGCAAAUGUCUGGAACGAUGUGCCCGUUCCUUUGUACGCCAUUAUUUUCAUGGCGAUUGGGGGCCCUCUAGCACUUUUGAUUAGUGGAUUUGCCGUACGCGACAGUGUUCUCAGCUGGCAAAACGUUCGAAUUCUCCAGAAGGAGCGCGAGUACCUUCAAUCCCUGCAGGCCCAGCACCUCGCAUGCCCCGCACCGGACGCUACAACACUUCGUUUCAUUGACCGCCGCCUUGGAGUCAGCUACCGCGAAUUGGGCACAGAACUCGUCGAUCGCAUUGUCAUGGACGUGUUCUUGGGGAUUGGUGGCCUUCUCGUCGGCACUGGCACCAUCAUGGCUAUUUGGGGCUCCGACCGACACGUAUACUUUAUCAGCAAUCUGCUGUCAGGAUAUGUCGGCAACUCCUUCGCCGCCAUCUAUGGCAUCAUCAAUGCCAUCUGGUCGGCCUACCUGGCCUGGCGUUUUCAUAGCUAUGAUCGCGCGUGCUCUCGGGCAGGUGCUAUGCUCUCUCCGUUCCGCGAUCGGCUCCAACGGCGGUUUCAGUGUUUCAAGUGGCAUGCGGUUGCUUCGGGUUGGACGGGCCUCAUUGCAGGUGGUGCCUCCAUGAUGACAUCUCGUCUCUGGGAGGGCUACGUUGUGCUCAUUCCUUGUAUGCUCCUAGAGGUCGCCUGUAAUCGCUUCUGGCGCGGCCAGCUCGGCUACGACCGUCCCAUUGUGGCCCCGGACUCCCCUCUCCAUCGGGGCAUCUUAAGUGAAGACGACCCCAGGAAUGUAUCAGAAGAAGAAGAAGAAGAAGGAAAAGAACGCCUACUUCUCGACGCCCUCUCAUCCGUCAUCAGCCUACAAACCGCCCUGGUACCCGUACUCCCCUCCACUCUCGUCCUGGAAGACGUCAACUGGACUUCCCUUGACUCGCUAUUGCGAUUCAUUGUCAGCAACGACCUCUUCGACUGUCUCUGCGACUGGCUCGCCACCAACUCCGCCGUUCCCAAGGACUUGCGCCACCGGAUCUUCCGAUUAGCAACAAAGCCUUCCUUCUCAGAGAUCACAGUGACACUAACCGAUCUCCGGCAUCUGAACGAGGUUGAGGAUCAGCCUCGUAUGCUAGAAAUGUGUCAUCUUUUCCUCCAGACGGAAGCCAGACAAGUGAUGAUCGGCCGGGAGAGAUAUCUCCUGGAGAUGGUAGGAUAUGCGAUCUGGAAAAAUGAUUAG